AUGUCAGCUUUGAAGAGACUGGGAUCUUCAAUUUCAGACAAGAGCUUGGCUGAAUACAAGAAAGAGCUUCAAUUCCGGGGACAAGCUAUCAGGGACGAAAUUCGACUCCAGAUGGCAAGUAAAGGGCAAAAAGAAGCAGAAGCCAACGCACGGUCUCGAGAUACUCUGGGCGAACUUGUUCAAUUCUCGUCGGACCAACAGAAGUUUCGAAUGAAACAACGGAUUCUCGAUUUCUGCUCACAGAUUGAGUAUACGACCGCAUGGAAACAAAGUCGAAGAGCGGGCACUACCACCUUAUUUCGCGAUUGUGAGUGCUACAAGGCCUGGAAAUCGGAUAAGGACUGCUCAACGCUCGUGUACACCGGAAAGCUUGGCGUCGGAAAGUCCGUAAUGCUUGCGAAUAUGGUUGAUGAUCUGCAAGCAUAUGGUCACGGAAAACAGGAUAUGAUUGCUUUUUUCUUUAUUCGGCAUGACACAGUCGAAACAUUGAAUGCGCGAACAGUUAUUGGAUCUGUGACUCAACAGCUGCUUACUCAACUAAUUGACCUUGACAUGGAAAAUGGCUUGCUCAAAGCUAUUUGUGAGCUAUUCGAGACGACAGCUUCUAUGGAUGACUAUAGGCGGAUGAGAAAACUUCUCAGUCUUGCGCUUAGUCCGCGGAAGAGGACAUUUAUGGUCAUUGAUGGAAUCGAUGAGCUGAGCAGCUCUGAAAUGAGAGUAUUUUUUGAAAGGUUCAGUGAUCUGCAAAGAAGAACGGGCGUCUCACUUUGUAUAGCAGCACGCCAAGAUUCUAGUGAUGCAGUCAAGAGCAGCCAAAAGUUUCUUCAGAAGACAGUGGUUACUCAGGUUCCACAAAAUAUGGAAGAAAUCAAGAGCUACAUCCACCGAGAAAUUAAGCAUCGUCUAUGGUCAGAGCAAUUGAUCGUAAAAGACACAGAUUUAAUUUUGGAAAUCCAAGAUGCCCUAUACAAAGGGUCUCAAGGCAUGUUUCUCUGGGUUUCGUUACUCAUUGAAUUCUUGUGUGGGAUAGAUACAGAUGAAGAGAUUCGCAGCGCUCUCGAUGAUCUACCACAAGACCUCUCAGAGACAUACUCGAGAAUUUUGAGGAAGUCAAACAAACCAGGCCGUCCGUACCAAAGACUUAUUCUGGAGAUCAUUUCAGUUGCUCAACGACAAUUGACAGUUGAAGAAAUACAAGAAGCACUCAGUGUGACUCCAGGGGACGUAAAUUGGAACUCAUCACGACUUAUCAACAAUUUCUACGCCACUCUUAAGUGCUGUGGUGGCCUUCUCAUUGUUGACGAAGAGACACUUGCCAUACAUUUUGUUCAUCACAGCGUAAAGCACUACCUCACAGGAUGCUUCGAAUCCCCUGGAAGCUGCUUCAUUCAGCUGAGUGAAGCACACUGCAAGAUGUCCAAUAUCAUCAUCACGUACUUCAGCUACUCAAUCUUCGAGCGACAAAUUUCUUCACAAGUCGUUCCAACUGUACGUGCUGGUCCAGCAGUUUCAGGUAUUAUUAAAUCAACACGUUCCCAUUCCGGGUGGAUAGGGGGCAUCACCCUGGACUUGCUACAAAGGAAGGAGAAGCAAAAACAUGACGUUGAUAUGAAUAUCGCGAAGACUCUGGCAGAAUUGAGGCCUGCGGUAGAUGGGUCGACUCAGGGAGUAGCAUUUGCAGAUUACGCCAUUGCUUUCUGGUGUGCUCACCUUGCUGUCUCCUUCCCCUUAGCUGCGGAAACAUCACUACUCUUCAGCAAACUAUGCAAUCGGAAUUUCUUUGAUGCAGCAAAGGCACAAGGAAAACAAAUUCUUCUAGGGAAGGCCGCAGAAUUUAACCAAGUUGAUUUGAUGAAAUAUCUUGUUGAAUCGAUGGAUGUUGAUGUCAAUUGCACAGUGGAUGAAACUGGAAGAACAGCACUAUUUAUGGCCUGCUUCUCUUGCCAUUAUGAAGCAGUUCAAUAUCUUCUUAAGAUUGACGGCAUAGAUCCAAUGGCAUCAGACAAGAGCUCGAAAACUCCUUUACAUAUCGCGAUUGAGAGUGGCCACGAUGACAUUGCGAAGGCCUUGGCCACUCACCCUGGUAUUAAUGUCUCACAUGCUGAUGUCUACGGCGUUACCCCCUUGCUUCUAGCAAUGAGGAUUAACAAAGCGGUACUCUUCGAAAUUCUCCUAAGCCAUCAGAACGUGGAUAUCAACCAACCCGACCCGCGAGACCAAAGGACACUCCUUCAAAAGGCAGUUCUUACGGACAACAUAGUUUUUGCAAAACUAUUGAUGUCUCGCCCUGACUUGAAGCUCAUUUCUUCGAAUUAUGACCAAUGCAUUGACGUUUUCUGUUGGGCAAUUGAAGGGCGCAGUAGCUCUCUCUUCGGUGCUUUGAUGGAUCACCGCGAAGUGGGCAUUCACCUUUGA